AUGAUCACUCCACAAUUCAAAGUGAUCCAGGACGAUGAGUUUAUUCAAAUUUCGAUAUCAAUCUCAAGCAUUAGAUUCAAACCUGACGGUUUGGAAAUCGUCGUUGAUGAAAACCUGUUCAUCUUCCAUUUGGCACCAUAUUACUUGAGAUUGAGGUUCUCACACAAGCUUGUUGACGACGAACGAUGCAAAGCAGAGUACAAGGCAAAAGAAGAGAUCAUUUUGGUUCGUAUUGCGAAGGAAACACCAGGUGAACAAUUCGAAGAUUUGGAUUUAACAACGAAAUUGCUUGCAAGGCAAAAUGUUUUGGACACUGGGGCCACGGGAGAAACUCAGAAGACGAAGGGACCUUUGAUUCAGGAGGUAGAUGAUUCUAGAGAUGCCAGCGGCGAAAACCUGCGGGAAACUGGUGAAAAAUAUAAUUGGGAAAUACGUCAAGAGACACCGCAAGACGCGUCGGGCUUACUUGUGUCGAAAUAUGGGUUUGAUGAUCAAUACAGCGGGAUAAUAGGCGUCUCAAUAGCAAACGGUAAUGAUAUAAAUGAAUUAAGCGACCCAGAAUCGACUUCACCUGAAGAUCGAGUUUGCGAACGACUUGCUAAAGAGAACGAAAAGUUUGAUCCCGAAUACUAUAUCAGCGAGUAUAUGACAGCGAAGUACGGUGAGCAAGAAGAACUGCAGAUAAAUGGAAUUAAAGAGUUGUUGUCCUUUAUUCCGCCCCAGGUUAAGAAGUUUUUGAAAUGGUAUAAGCAGACCGAAAACAAGAACGACGUAAUGCCAGUCGACUUCAAUGAAACUCAGCAGCAACAGAUGGCUAACAAUAUACCGAAACGGCAAUAUUUGGUAACUGAUGGCAAAACGCUUUAUUUGACACUCGUUUCCCUGUUGUUCGCUUACGUGUUUGAACAAAUCGAAAACGAAGGAUCCCAUACGACGGAGUCCGCUUGGACCAUUGGCAAAUUGACACCGCAAAUCGCAUUUUUAGAUCACAAUAUCUUGAGGAAAGAAGACAUUCAAAUUGCUUCUGUGCUAAGAGCCAUUGUCGUUACAGGAAUCAGGCGUAGUUUGAGUUACACUUUGCACAGAAAUUAUGAUCUUUCGUUAAAGGCUUGGAAUUAUGUUUAUUACCUUUUACGCGGUGGGAAAAGACUUGUCAUUCAAUGUUUACUCGACAUUCAUGAAGUGUUCAGGUUUCACGACGUUUAUUACGUUUACAACAGGAUCCUAAUCGGCGAUCUAUGCUCAUGGUUUAUCUCCAAUGGCAGUGAAAAUGUCAUUAGAAGCUUAGCAGCAGAAUUGAAAAAGGAAGUUGAUAGCAUGACUAAGGACAGGAUAGAUUUCGAUUGUUUUACAGGUAUUGACGAAGUUAAUGGAAUAAUUGAACGGGAAAAUAUGACUUUAGCUGAGAUGGAACAACUAGCUGAAUCAGAGUAUUUGCGGCAGGACCAGCCCGCUAUUUAA